UCUUCUAAGAUUUAUGUUCCCUAGACAAGUCAAACAGAGCUUCAGCGGGGGGUGGAGCUUGUGUCUCAUUCUCCAAUCCCAUUCUCCAAUCCCUUCUGCACAAACUAAAAGGGGUUUAGAUAAACAUCCGCUACAGAAAGAACAUGCAGGUGAGACUUUCUUAGAUGCCUUAAAAAUAUUUAAAUGGAACAGGAUUCAUUUGCAUACAAUUUACAAUAAACAGGUUUACUGUAAGACUAAAAGUGAUCAAAUAAAUGUAACAUUACACCAUAAAUAUAUGGUUUAAAGUUUGGUGCAAAUGGUGACCAUGAGGCAAAGAGAAGAACGAAAGCAAAUACAUACUGCAUAUUGAUUUUUUAAUUUGACAAAAGACUAACAAAUUCAAUUAUCUAUUCACGUAAGAGUAAAAACAGUGCAAGAUACACCAAGAGAAAAGCAAAAGCACCAUAAGAUGGAAAAUGUCAUCUUUUCAUCAUUUUUUUAUUUCAGUGUAUAACAUUAAAAACAUUUUACUAGAGCAGCAGCCACAGUUUACAAAUAUAUAUCUAACAGCUGUUUUGAAACGGUCCUAUAGGCAUCAUUGUUAAUCAGGUUAUGUCGCUCUAUUCUGGUGUGGUAAAGUAUGCAAAAGUGGACAGCUGCUCUUGUGCCAACUUUAACAUGUGACCACACUAUUCAGUGUUGUCUCGGGUUAAAUAUAGACAUUAGUUACGCUUCAAGAGGGAAAACCUAUGACAAACGCUGAGCGGAUAAUUACUUCAAAGCCUAUUCUUUUAACAUAGAUCACACUUAUUGAAACUGUCAGAAGAAUUAUACCUUUGGUGCAGCAUUGGUGACUAUCGUCUCCAUAUCAAAUAAGCUAACCAUGUAAAAAUAUGGUGCUGGAAGGACAAUAUGACUCAAUGAGAGUGCAUACUUUGUGUGUGAGGUGAUAUUUGGGGCUCUGUAUCAUCAUGACGGGGGUCACGGUAUGCUGUGGGACAGUGAACUCCAUCAAGGCUCUGUGGGAAACCAGGAUAAAGAAAAGCAAAGAUGAACUUAAGAAAGAGAGAGAGCAGAGAGACGGGAGAGCAGUGGGUAGGUUGACAGGUGCCUGGGAGGAUCGUAUCACUUUGGCCAAGCUAAAGGCAAAAGUUGUGACAGAGGAAGGACGUGUCAUUCUGCGGAUUGAAAAGGAGGAGUGGAAGACUCUUCCUCCAGCUUUGGUCCAACUCUCAAAGAUCCAAGAAUGGCAGUUACACCGAAUAGGACUUCAAAAAAUCCCACGGUUCAUCUCAAGCUUCGAAAGCCUCAUAGUUUUGGACUUGUCUCGUAAUUCAGUCACAGAGAUUCCCAAAGAGAUUGGCAAACUAACUCGGUUACGCGAGCUGCUGUUGAGUUAUAACGGAGUAAGCCAUGUACCAGAAGAACUUGGCAGUUGUGAAAAUCUGGAGAAACUGGAACUUGCAAUGAACAAAGGUCUGGAUGAGCUGCCUACUCAGCUUAGCAAUCUAAAGAAGCUGUAUCACUUGGACCUCUCCAUGAACCAAUUCACCACCAUUCCAGAUUGUGUGGUCAACCUUCCUUCUCUAGAAUGGCUAGACAUGGGCAGCAACAGGUUGGAAAGUUUGCCAGAAGAUAUUCACAGAAUGGAGAAACUUCACACCCUGUGGCUCCCAAGAAAUGAACUAGAGUACCUGCCAGACAACAUCAGUCGCAUGCAAAGUUUGGAUACGCUAGUUCUGAGCAAAAAUAAACUACGAGACAUUCCUCCACUUAUGGAGGGCAUGAGUAACCUCAGGUUUGUGAAUUUCCGAGACAAUCCUUUGACAUAUGAUGUGAUGCUUCCUGAUUUAAAAGAGGAUGUAGAUGAAGAAGACAAUGACAGGGAGAUGUUUGGUCGUGACUUCAUGCACUUCUACAUCCAAGAGGCCCGGAAAAGAGGAUCCCAAACUUUCGCAUCAGUGCUAAAUGUGACGUUGGAUGGCGUGUCAGAGACAGCAUCGUCUUUGUAAUUAACAUGCUGGCUUCUGUCUGCUCGUCCGCCUUCAGGCUUGAUCUUCCGGUCCAUCAUGCCAAGUUCUAUGAAGAGCACUUCUCGUCUUUUAAAUGUAAUUUGUCUUUUAUGCUGUUUGUUGGAGUUGCUGCUUCCUGCUAGUAUGUCGUAACUAAUGUUUGUGGAUGAGCUAAAAUCAAAAAUCUAUAAACACUGAUGAAAUAAAAUGAA